AUGGAGAAAUUAGCAGAACUGAUUCUGAUCCCAUCUCCGGCAAUGGGCCAUGUUGCUCAAAUGCUAGAGUUAGCAAAACUCUUUUUCCGUCAAAAUCAUCAUCUCACAAUUACUGUCCUUAUUAUGAAACUCCCUGAUUACAUUGACGCCGUCAGUGGACCUUUCGUCGACUCUGUAGCUGCUUCAUCCUCCUCUGAUCGCCUUCGAUUUGUUCACUUACCAGCAGCUGAUCCAACACCAGAGUGGAGUUCCAAAACUCGAGGACAUUUCGUCUACAGAUUAGUACAAAGCCAAAGAUCUCACAUCAAGGAUUUCUUAAUAUCUCAAAGCUCCGGCAAUAAACUUGCUGGUUUUGUUGUUGACAUGUUAUGCACUCCAUUAAUGGAUGUAGCUGACGAUUUUAAGAUCCCCAGCUACGUGUUUUUCACUUCCCCAGCUGCUUUUCUUGGACUAAUGCUUCAUUUCCAGUUUCUUGAAGACGAGUGUCAACAAGAUGUUUCGUUGUUCAAGAACACUGAUGGUAGUAAUCUCUUAUCAUUUCCUAGUUACGCAUAUCCUGUUCCUCCAAAGGUAUUGCCAAUGGUUCUAGUCGAUAGAGACACGUGGCGAGGGAGAUUCCUCGAUUUUGCUCGUGGAUAUAGAAAAGCCAAAGGCAUUAUUAUCAACACUUUUGCUGAAUUAGAAAUCCAUCAAUUAGAUGCUUAUAAGAAAAACAACUGUAACAUAUCAAGAUCUGAACAGGAUCAGGUUCCACUUCCACCUAUUUAUCCAAUUGGUCCAAUUUUGAACCGGUCAAAAUCCAAGUCAGAGUCAGAGGAGGCAGAAAUAAAAAAUUGGCUUGAUCAACAGCCAACAAAAUCAGUUGUGCUAAUCUGUUUUGGGAGCCAAGGGAGUUUACCACUGGACCAAGUGAAACAGAUGGCUUUAGCUUUGGACAACAGUGGCUGCAGAUUCUUGUGGUCUUUACGUCAACCCCCACAAAGCAAUAACGCGCAAUUCCCCGGAGAAUACACGAGCUAUUCCGAAAUCUUACCAGAAGGAUUUCUUGAUCGGAUAGAGAUAAAAGGGAAAGUUGUAGGAUGGGUCCCGCAACUGAAGAUACUUGAAAGUAUAUGGUGUGGGGUGCCAAUAGCAACAUGGCCAUUGCAUUCGGAACAGCAAGUGAAUGCGUUUCAGUUAGUGAAAGAAGUAGGAGUUGCAGUGGCAAUCAGUUUGGAUUAUUGCGAGAGGAAUAAAGAUCAGCCAAUGGUUACUGCAGACGCCAUAGAAAAAGGGAUUAAAGAAUUGAUGGAAACUAAUACAACAGUAAGAGAAAAGGCAAAGGAGAUGAAGGAGAAGAGCAGAGCUAGCGUAAUCGAAGGUGGAUCGUCAUACUUGUCCCUCGGCAAACUCAUAGAUGAACUACUGAAAAAUGCAGCUUUGUAA